AUGCCGGGCUCCGAGGGGUAUCUGAAUGAACGCGUUGUCACGGUGUCGGAGGUAUUGGGGGAUGAGGGGUACGAGACGCUUGUGGCGGGCAAGUGGCACCUUGGGCUGACGCCUGAGCGGUCGCCGAAGGUGCGGGGGUUUGAGAGGAGUUGUGCGCAUCUUCCUGCAUGCUCAAACCACUACGGCUUCGAACCGCAGCUCGAAAAGCCCAACACGACCCCGCCCACCAUGUCCACGUCCUCCAUAGCCCUGCACUCCGAAGACGGCGCCUACAUCAACCAACUCCCCGAGGGGUGGUACUCCUCCAACGGCUACGGCCCCAAAACGGUCCAAUACCUCUCCGAUCGCCAAUCGCGGCCGUUCUUCGCGUACGUGCCAUUCACCGCGCCGCACUGGCCUUUACAGGCGCCGAAGGAGGUUAUUGAGCGGGAGAAGAGGUUGGCGGGGUUGAAGGAGCUUGGGAUGAUUCCGCAGGAUGUGAGGCCGCAUCCGGUCGUUGCGGAUGAGGUUCGGGAGUGUGGGGAGUUGAGUGACGAGGAGAGAACCAAGUCUUGUCGCGCGAUGGAGGUCUACGCGGCGAUGGUCGAAUGCAUCGAUAUCGACGUCGGAAAGGUCAUCGAGCACCUCAAAAGCUCAGGCGAAUACGACAGCACGUUCAUAUACUUCAUGUCCGACAACGGCGCAGAGGGCGCAGUCUGCGAAGCCAACCCAACAAUCCAACCCCCCCUCCUACACCCCUCCCCAAACACCACACCAGCGCCCUCGCCUUCCUCGGCGCGCCCGACUCCUUCAUCCGUUCCCCCGGUCGCACCUUCUCGCACCAAGUCACCUCCCAAGCACAUCACACCUCCCAAGCACAUCACACCUCCCAAGCACAUCACACCUCUCAAGCGCAUCCACUCUCUCCUUGAACUUGUCGCGCGAGGGAGGCGAGGGACCACGGACGAGUUCGCGACGAUGCCGAGUGUGUUGAACAUGGCCGGCGCACCCGUCCUACCGCGGCCGCUCAGAGUCAGUCGUCCCGAUGCGCGGAUCGUCGCCCGUCCCGUUCGCUCUGGGCACUUCGCCUCGCAUACAGGAGGAAGACCACGUAAUGGGCUGGGAAAUGGCGCCUACAAAAUCGUGUUCCUCCCAAGCCCAAAGGCACAGAACAGUGGCAGCUGUACGACCUGCUCCUCGACCCUCUCCUCAACCCUCGAUCUGGCGGACGAGGAGGAGUAUGCUGGGAAGAUGGGGGAGAUGCUGGGCACUGGGACUGAGUACGUGCUCGAGGGAGCUGUGGGAGGAGAUGGGGGAGUGGUUGAGGGGGACGGAGGAGCAGAUGGGGGAGGAUGUGUGGGUGGAGUGGAGGUUUUGGGAGGGGGGCGAGGGAGGAGGUGGAGAGGUUUUGAAGGAGGGCGUGGAGGAGGGCUGGGGGCGAGGUUUGAUCUAUGA